ACGCACUCCGCCGACUGCAGCCUGCUCGCGGGCCCAGCAUGGGGAGGCGCUGCUGGCCGCGGCGCUUGCUGGCGGCCGCGUGUUUGGGCGCCGCACUGUUGCUCCUGGGCGCCGCGCCCCGCGCCCUGCGCCCGGUGGAGUGAGUGUCCCCUGCACAGCGUGGUCCUGGUGUCUCUGGCCAUGACAGUCUCUGUCCACCCAGUCAUUUGAAGACAAAUGUUUACCCAGGACCUGGGACCAGCAGGACACAGUGGCUCCCAGCCCUCGGGCUCAGCCCAGGAGAGAGAAGGUCAGACAGAAUCUGGGCCCAGCAUUUGAAAAUGGGGCCCUGGCUUCUGGCUGGCUUGGUUGGAAGAGGAGGAGUCCCCUGCAGAUGCUCUAUGACCUGGACCAGGGCCCACGCUCCGCCCUGGCCGAGGUACAUCGACAGCGGCGUGACCUGCUGCACCGCGCCUGCAGCCGCCACACACGGCGACAGCGCCUGCUGCGGCCCGAGGACCUGCGGCAUGUGCUGGUGGACGAUGCGCACAGCCUGCUCUACUGCUACGUGCCCAAGGUGGCCUGCACCAACUGGAAGCGCGUGCUGCUUGCGCUGAGCGGCCACGCCCGCGGCGACCCACACGCCAUCCCCGCACACGAGGCCCACGCGCCAGGCCGCCUGCGCUCCCUGGCCGACUUCAGCCCUGCCGAGAUCAACCGGCGCCUGCGCGCCUACCUGGCCUUCCUCUUCGUGCGCGAGCCCUUUGAGCGCCUGGCCUCCGCCUACCGCAACAAGUUUGCGCGGCCCUACAGCGCGGCCUUCCAGCGGCGCUACGGCACGCGCAUUGUGCGGCGCCUGCGGCCGCGCCCGCACCCCGACGCGCUGGCCCGCGGUCACGACGUGCGCUUCGCCGAGUUCCUGUCCUACCUGCUGGACCCGCGCACGCGCCGCGAGGAACCCUUCAACGAGCACUGGGAGCGCGCCCACGCGCUCUGCCACCCCUGCCGCCUGCGCUACGACGUCGUGGGCAAGUUCGAGACGCUGGCCCAGGAUGCGGCCUUUGUGCUGGGCCUGGUGGGCACGCCCGGCCUGCGCUUCCCCGCGCCACCGCCCCGGGCCAGGGCGGCUGCAUCCCGGGACCAGGCUGCACAGCUCUUCCGGGACAUCAGCCCCUUCUACCAGCGGCGCCUCUUCGACCUCUACAGGAUGGACUUCCUGCUCUUCAACUACUCCGCCCCCUCCUACCUGCGGCUGCACUAGGCCACAGGGCUGGCGGCAACCGGGCCACCAGGUUGCUCAGAGGUCUGGGGUGGGGCGGGGCAGGAGAAUAUGCGUGCAUGGCGGCCUCCAGGAGAUGCUGGUUCUGCCGUCUGGGACUCCACUGCUCCCCCUCUACCCUGCUGUGCCAGCCCACCUGGCCUACAUCACACCUGGCCGGGUUUGGCCGCAUCCACCUCAGGUGGCUCUACACCUUGGCCUGCCUGUCACUUGCUACUUGCUUUCUCUAACUGCUCCAGCUGGCAGGCAUUUCUCCAGGACCCCUGGGUAGGGGAGGACUGAAUAACUGGUAUUUUUUAGUUUGUAAGGGGCCAUUUGGGAGUCUCAACUUUUUGGGUCAACUUCCCCGAACCUGUCCGCGGUGCAUGGAGCAGAAUGCUGGCUUGGGGGCAGCCUGCAGCCAUCCCAGUGGCCUCCGCACCUCCCCUGCCCUGCUAAGGACAGUACUGGCCAAGGGGAGAAGCCCUCCCUUGCUGGACUCAGGCUAGGCGCCCCCUUGUCUGUAGGCACAGCACAGGAGCCAGCCUUGUGCUCCUUUCCAUUCUUCAAUACACAAGAGAGGCCGCCUCUGCCCCCUGGCCCUGCCCGGGACACACCCCUGAUCUCAGUCUGGCCAGAUACUAGGUGAUCUGUGUGUGCCCACAGAGCCCAGCAUGCGACAUGGUGGCAGGUUUUAUAGGACCUUGGUGAGCUGGAAAUGCUCCUUUUUGAAAUAAAUGUUUUGUUACUUUCUGACA